CAAUACUGUUCCAUUCCUGAUCCCAGAGUGACCGUUGUCUGCACCACUCAAGGCGAUUACGUCGGUGUUCUCGAGUUAAAGGGAGGACCCAGUGUGGCCGUACCCUUUUCGCAAUAUCAGAUGGCAUGACCUACGGCUGGACAGCUCCUUUCAUCCCUACCUCAUCAGCAACGGAAGCCACAUCCACACUGACCAUGACGAAGCUCAAUGGUUGGAGAGCUCCCUCCUUUUCGGCUCAUUUUGCGGUCUACCAGCUACAAUAAUACUCGUCGACUACGUCGGAAGAAAGAAAUCUCUUCUACUAGCCUCCUUUACAGUACUCAUAGCCUGGAUUGCCAUAGCAUUCGGAGAUAGCAUGAUCUACAUCUUCAUCGCCAGGUUCUUCAAGGGUAUGGCUGGAAAUAUGGCCUUCGUUGCUGCGCCAAUGUAUAUCGCGGAGAUAGCUGAUCAGAGAAUUCGAGGGUUUCUCUCCAGUGUCAUCUAUAUCAUGAUGCUGUUUGGCUGCCUGAUAGUAUACUGUGUCGGACCGUAUCUCCCGUACUAUACGCCGUGUGUUAUUGGAGUCUCAGUAGCUGCAUUGGAGCUGCUGAUAUUCUCGUUUGUACCUGAAUCACCACUGUACCUAGUCACUAAAGGAAAGAUCGAAGAUGCCAGGAAGUCAUUGCAACAUUUCAAACCUUACCUUGACGUAGACAAAGAACUCAAAGUCAUCACAGACGAGCUUGAAAGUCAAAAGAACAAAAAGCCAAGUUAACGGAUCUUGUGACUGUGGCUAGCAAUAGAAAAGCUAUACUGAUCAUGACUGUACUCAACGCUGGUCAGCAUCUUUGCGCGUACAGUGUCAUCUUGAUGAAUUUACAUCUGAUCUUGGAGGCUGCUGGUUCUAUCUACAUGGACUCUUCAAUCGCAGCUAUACUUUUUGCUGCGUUGAUGUUGCUUGCUGCUGCUUUCGCGUCAUCCCAAAUAGACAAGUAUGGAAGAAAGGCGUUGCUUAUAUUCUCAAGCGUUCUCACUGGAGUGUGCCUUGUAGCUAUAGCUAUCUAUUUCCAUUUGAAGAUAAUAGGAGUUGACGUUUUGGCUGUAAGUUGGAUACCGAUCGCGUCAGUGAUGGUAUACGCAGCAGUAUUCAAGAUCGGCGUUGGUUUAGUGCCUAUAGUGAUAACAGCCGAGAUAUUUCCGACGAACCUCAAAACUAUUGGAAUGACUAUGUCAGAUGCUAUGUUUAUCAUUGGUGGAAUUGUUGCUAUCCACUGUACCAGUGGAUGGUCAAGUUUGUUGGGCUGUAUGCCGCCUUCUAUUUCUUUGGAUCGUUUGCAUUUUCAUAGCUAUUUUCACGAUAUUGUUUGUGCCAGAGACGAAAGGAAAGUCUUUAGAAGAGAUACAGUCUAUGUUAAGAGGUGAAAAGGUAAUCUAGUGUGAUGGAAACAGAAUGUGAUACAAAGGAGUAAAGAUAACUAGCUGACCGUUGAGACAAACUUUUCCAGGAUGAGAUCGUAAAGAGCAGUAGACAUAUCUGGCUUAAGCUCUGUCAAGAGGAAGGGGUGUUUACUAGAUCUGUGAUUAUUCUUAUUUAAGGACUCGUGGAGAUGGUGUUGAUCCUGAUUUGUCGUCGAAUAGUCGAGCAGCUCAUUUCAAAUAGUAGGUUAAGCAGUAUACAGUUAUUUAUUUUUCAAUAAAUAUCAACAGUGAGAUUUUGUUUUACUUCGCCA